CCUCACCGGAAACGAAUGGUUAAUACUUGUUGUGACUUUGUCAGUGAGAGGUAAACAAAGGGAGGAAGCUUGUUAACUGGAGUUUUUCCGCCCGCAACUCGCGAUGUCGUGCACAACUCAGCGCAUUUUACGCACGGUGACUGGCUACAACAAGCCGGCGGGCACGUUACGUAAGCGCGCAGCCACAGCCAGCAUUUAAACUGUGAAGGCUGUGAAGCUCAGCUGGAAACUUUUCCUGCGCGCCUCUGAGACCAGUGUGUGUCUUCACCCACACCUUGCGCCGUUUGCCGUGUCGAGCCAUGUCCUCGUACAACAGCGUGUGUUUUAACGAGGCCAGGAGAGUGGCUGUUUUCGGGGGAACGCACGGGAACGAGAUGUCAGGCGUGACACUUGUAAACCUGUGGGUGAAGAAUAGUGCCGAGAUACAGAGAAAACGGGUCGAGACCAAACCCUUCAUCACCAACCCGAAGGCUGUGGAGAAGUGCGCCAGAUACGUGGACACGGACCUGAACCGAGCCUUCAGCCCAGAGAACCUCAGUGCCCUGGGAGGAGAAGACCUGCCCUACGAGGUACAGAGAGCCCAGGAGAUCAACAGGAUAUUUGGGCCCAAAGGAAGCCCAGAUGCCUACGAUGUUAUCUUUGACCUCCACAACACGACAUCCAACAUGGGCUGCACUCUCAUUCUGGAGAGCUCCAAAGACCACUUCAAUCUGCAGAUGAUGAACUACAUCAAGAAAGCCAUCGCUCCAGCCAGUUGUCUUGUUCUGCUCAAUGAACAUCCUCUUUUGAAAUAUUCCACUUCACGCUCUGUUGCCAAGCACCCUGUUGGUCUGGAAGUGGGUCCUCAGCCUCAAGGUGUUUUGAGGAGCAACAUCUUUGAAGCUAUGAGGGUAAUACUGAAACAUGCCCUGGACUUCAUCGAACUGUUUAAUGAAGGCAUGGAGUUUCCUUCCUGUACGGUGGAAGUUUUUCGGGUUUCAGAGAGGAUUGACUAUCCCAGAGAUGCCAAUGGAAACAUCAUUGCCAUGGUGCACCCUAAUCUGCAGGACUGUGACUGGGAACCACUGAACCCCGGUGACCCUAUGUUCCAAACCUUUGAUGGAAAGACCAUCCAUUACCAAGGCCCAGGCACCGUCUAUCCCACUUUUAUUAAUGAGGCAGCCUAUUAUGAGAAACAACAGGCAUUUGUAACUACCAGACGAGAAACCUUGGUAGCAAGUGCCAUCAGGAAAGCAUGAAAACUGGUUUGCGAGGCUAACGGAGAUCAUGAAUAUAUGUAGCCACAGCAACGAUCUAUGUGUAGAUUUUACACUUUGUUUUGUUAGCAAAUGACUCAACACCAUGUUUUACACACUGAUUUAGUUUUCUAUGAGUUUACUAUCAGCAAAUCGAUUAACUAUGCAAAGAGUAUUUGUGGAGGCUUUGCGAAGACUCACAGGGCAAAGUCAGGGAAACAGGGAAACACUGGUUUAUUGCUAUGGUAAGUAUUUAUGAUACUGCUGUUAUUUUAAAAAUAUAUUUACAUUAAAUCAACUAAGUUUCUAUAUAUAUAUAUUAAAGGCCAGGCUUAAUCAUUGAUGGCUUAUGAAUCAUUAUACAACACUCCAACCUCUGCUCAGGACGGCCAUUGAGGAUCAUUAGCCAGAACUUUUGACCCAACACUGUAUGUCGUUUGUCUUCUUCUGAAAAUAUAUUUGUAACAUCUUUGGCAGGGUGUCUGUGGCCUUUGAUUCUACCUACCUGUAACUCCAGUGGUUGCAUCUGUGGUGCUGUCCUAUUGUUGCCUUAAUAGAGAUUUCAGAGAAAAUUGCACAACAAAUUUGGAGUGGAAUUUGUAGAUUAUAUGUGUUGGAUAACAAGAUAUUAUUUUGAUAAGAAAUGGUAUAUGUUCUGUUCAUCUAUACAAAUGGGAUGCAGUUUGAAACAUGUUUUAUAAUAAUAAUAUAUUUGUGGCUAUUUUAAUAUAUAUGUACGUUUGGUUUUAUGUGAUGUGUAAGACUUGUUGAAUCAGGAAGUAUAUGUACUUUCUAAUAUUUUUACUUUCAAAGCGUUAUCACUGUGGUCUUACUGUAAUUCAUUUUACAUUCAGCAAUAUUUUCGGUAGCAGCAUUUAUAUGGUUAGUUAAGUUUGCUGUCUUUGAAGUCCUGUGGAAAUCAUACAUUCAAUAAAUGUGGUACUAUGCCACACUGUGAUAUUUUA